UUUAGGUAUGAGUAUAACAGAGGCGGAUCUAGUGUUAAAAAUAACAUCUCAUUUCUAAUCUCUGUCAUCAAUCUGCAUAUAUGAGGAAAUAUAUGGUACUUUAAUGCAAUAUUGCACAGAACAGCCUUUGAAAAAAUAUAUAUUAUGGGUUCUGGAAGUCUUCCCCCACUGUUCUUUCAAAAGAGCUGAUUUCUGUGCAGCUGACGUCACUAUGGGCAGUGGUUGGAUAUUUAAAUACUCUCCUCCACAUCACAAAAGCUGUCUGCUUACAGUACAGUUUUGGGAAAAAAAAGGAUGUGGCAUGAUAUUUCAUCUGGAAAAAUGAAUAGAGCUCUGUUAUAAAAUUAUUAAUAUUUUGGAUUUUUCAUCUCCUGCAACAUCUGUAGUUUCUACCCGUGUGAGAGAAUUAUUAAAGAUCACAGACGAACACUGGAUUGUGGAGAAAAAAAUAAAAAAUGCAGAAGAUGAACCUUGAAAUCAAGAACAUCUCCUUCACCUCGGCUUCAGUCUCCUGGUCACCCAAUCCCUAUGCCUGCCCAGCUAAUCUCUACAGGCUUAUAUAUCGCCCAAAUUGGAACAGCAUUUUGUCAGGCUUUUCAAGGCAGAAUUUUCACCGUGAGGAAAACGUUCCGCUGGGUAGCAGUUCUUUAACUCUGCAAAGGCUUAAACCAUCAACCAACUACAUCCUCUGUGUCACGUGCCAGGGGUCCCAGCCUUCCAGGGACCAGUGUGCUAUCUUUCACACACUGACCAAGGACGCUGUGGUUCUCACUAGUAGGACGUUAGACCUGGCUACAGUGGUGUGGUUUACCAGCAGUAUCCUCCUGAUCAUAACUGCCAUCGUGCUGCUUCACGGCUGCGUCAAGCUGUGGUGCAGGACAUGCAAAAGGAAACGAUACAGCUCUGCAGAGACAGUUAGUUUUCAAGGCAGGAGUGGCCAAGCCUGGCCUGAGGGUAAUGCGGAGACUGCCCUUGUGGACGACCAUUGCGACAUCCCAUCCCUGUCAAUCCUGGAAAAACAAACAGAAGGCAAAUCAGAAGGCUUGAUUGGGCCAAAUGGUCUGUUGGCUUACAACAGAGACAAAGAUAAAAUGGCCAUUUUACCACAGAGUAUCCAUGAAUAGCAAAUGUGUGUUUUAGCCUUGUUCAAAUGCUGUAUGUUUUAUUGAACAAAAGAAGGAAUCUGCUUGUGUUUUUUUAACCCUGCCCAUAUUUUUAACCUUGUAAGCCUGCAAAUAAAUACCACUGCUUUGCAUACUGAUACACAUAUGCUUUUUUGUUUUUAAAAACCAUUAUAUUUACAGGGCAGACCAUUUUUACUGGAGUAUACUACUUUUUCCAAAUUAAAAAAAAAAUGCAUUGUAAUGUGCUGAGUGUGUUCGAUGAUGAAAAUCUGUUAUAACAUGUUAGGCACUGACAUUUUGGCUUUCUAGUAUUAAGUGUGCAAAGUCAAAAGGCUACAUGUUUGUUGAGAGGGGAUCUGCCUGCCUAAUUACAUAGUCACCAGACCCCAUGGAAUAGA